AUGUGGAGAGUCCUGGGUCAUCUCUGUCCUCAGACCUACAUCAGAGGAACACUUCGGUCCUCAGACCUACAUCAGAGGAACACCUCUGUCCUCAGACCUACAUCAGAGGAACACCUCUGUCCUCAGACCUACAUCAGAGGAACACCUCUGUCCUCAGACCUACAUCAGAGGAACACCUCUGUCAGACCUACAUCAGAGGAACACCUCUGUCAGACCUACAUCAGAGGAACACCUCUGUCCUCAGACCUACAUCAGAGGAACACCUCUGUCAGACCUACAUCAGAGGAACACCUCUGUCAGACCUACAUCAGAGGAACAUCUCUGUCCUCAGACCUACAUCAGAGGAACACCUCUGUCCUCAGACCUACAUCAGAGGAACACCUCUGUCCUCAGACCUACAUCAGAGGAACACCUCUGUCCUCAGACCUACAUCAGAGGAACACCUCUGUCCUCAGACCUACAUCAGAGGAACACCUCUGUCAGACCUACAUCAGAGGAACAUCUCUGUCCUCAGACCUACAUCAGAGGAACACCUCUGUCCUCAGACCUACAUCAGAGGAACACCUCUGUCCUCAGACCUACAUCAGAGGAACAUCUCUGUCCUCAGACCUACAUCAGAGGAACACCUCUGUCAGACCUACAUCAGAGGAACACCUCUGUCCUCAGACCUACAUCAGUGGAACAUCUCUGUCAGACCUACAUCAGAGGAACACCUCUGUCCUCAGACCUACAUCAGAGGAACACCUCUGUCCUCAGACCUACAUCAGAGGAACACCUCUGUCCUCAGACCUACAUCAGAGGAACACCUCUGUCCUCAGACCUACAUCAGAGGAACACCUCUGUCAGACCUACAUCAGAGGAACACCUCUGUCCUCAGACCUACAUCAGAGGAACACCUCUGUCAGACCUACAUCAGAGGAACACCUCUGUCCUCAGACCUACAUCAGUGGAACAUCUCUGUCAGACCUACAUCAGAGGAACACCUCUGUCCUCAGACCUACAUCAGAGGAACAUCUCUGUCAGACCUACAUCAGAGGAACAUCUCUGUCCUCAGACCUACAUCAGAGGAACACCUCUGUCCUCAGACCUACAUCAGAGGAACACCUCUGUCAGACCUACAUCAGAGGAACACCUCUGUCCUCAGACCUACAUCAGUGGAACAUCUCUGUCAGACCUACAUCAGAGGAACACCUCUGUCCUCAGACCUACAUCAGAGGAACACCUCUGUCAGACCUACAUCAGAGGAACAUCUCUGUCCUCAGACCUACAUCAGAGGAACAUCUCUGUCAGACCUACAUCAGAGGAACACCUCUGUCCUCAGACCUACAUCAGAGGAACAUCUCUGUCAGACCUACAUCAGAGGAACACCUCUGUCCUCAGACCUACAUCAGAGGAACACCUCUGUCAGACCUACAUCAGAGGAACACCUCUGUCCUCAGACCUACAUCAGAGGAACACCUCUGUCAGACCUACAUCAGAGGAACACCUCUGUCUCAGACCUACAUCAGAGGAACAUCUCUGUCAGACCUACAUCAGAGGAACACCUCUGUCCUCAGACCUACAUCAGAGGAACACCUCUGUCAGACCUACAUCAGAGGAACACCUCUGUCCUCAGACCUACAUCAGAGGAACACUUCGGUCCUCAGACCUACAUCAGAGGAACACCUCUGUCCUCAGACCUACAUCAGAGGAACACCUCUGUCCUCAGACCUACAUCAGAGGAACACCUCUGUCCUCAGACCUACAUCAGAGGAACACCUCUGUCAGACCUACAUCAGAGGAACACCUCUGUCAGACCUACAUCAGAGGAACACCUCUGUCCUCAGACCUACAUCAGAGGAACAUCUCUGUCCUCAGACCUACAUCAGAGGAACACCUCUGUCCUCAGACCUACAUCAGAGGAACAUCUCUUGGAACAUCUCUGUCCUCAGACCUACAUCAGAGGAACAUCUCUGUCCUCAGACCUACAUCAGAGGAACACCUCUGUCCUUAGACCUACAUCAGAGGAACACCUCUGUCAGACCUACAUCAGAGGAACACCUCUGUCCUCAGACCUACAUCAGAGGAACACCUCUGUCCUCAGACCUACAUCAGAGGAACACCUCUGUCCUUAGACCUACAUCAGAGGAACACCUCUGUCAGACCUACAUCAGAGGAACACCUCUGUCCUCAGACCUACAUCAGAGGAACACCUCUGUCCUUAGACCUACAUCAGAGGAACACCUCUGUCCUCAGACCUACAUCAGUGGAACAUCUCUGUCCUCAGACCUACAUCAGAGGAACACCUCUGUCCUUAGACCUACAUCAGAGGAACACCUCUGUCCUCAGACCUACAUCAGAGGAACACCUCUGUCAGACCUACAUCAGAGGAACAUCUCUGUCCUCAGACCUACAUCAGAGGAACACCUCUGUCCUCAGACCUACAUCAGAGGAACAUCUCUGUCCUCAGACCUACAUCAGAGGAACAUCUCUAGGAACACCUCUGUCCUCAGACCUACAUCAGAGGAACACCUCUGUCCUCAGACCUACAUCAGAGGAACACCUCUGUCCUCAGACCUACAUCAGAGGAACAUCUCUGUCAGACCUACAUCAGAGGAACAUCUCUGUCCUCAGACCUACAUCAGAGGAACACUCUGUCCUCAGACCUACAUCAGAGGAACACCUCUGUCCUUAGACCUACAUCAGAGGAACAUCUCUGUCCUUAGACCUACAUCAGAGGAACACCUCUGUCCUCAGACCUACAUCAGAGGAACACCUCUGUCCUCAGACCUACAUCAGAGGAACAUCUCUGUCAGACCUACAUCAGAGGAACACCUCUGUCAGACCUACAUCAGAGGAACACCUCUGUCCUCAGACCUACAUCAGAGGAACAUCUCUGUCCUCAGACCUACAUCAGAGGAACACCUCUGUCCUUAG